UUGGCAUGUCCACGAGUAGAUGAAUAGAAAAAAAUUAAAAAAAAAAUAAUCUAUUCCUGCUGUAGUUACCUCAUAGCUCACAUGAACAUGAAUGUGUGAAAAAAAAAUAGCCAUUGGAUAUGUAGAUGUGUAUAUCUAUAUAUACUUAUAUGUAUAUAUAUAGAUAUUAAUUAUCUACAGUGGAACUAGCUGCAGGCGACAAGAAGGGUGUUUUAAGGUGGUGUACUCGGGGGGUGGUGAUGGUGCCGAUGCCAGUGACGGCGGCAGUGGCGACGUUGUGGUGGUCUCUUGCUGGUGGAGCUUUUAGUUCUCUCACAUUCAGCAGAAACCAACCCCUGUAACUAGCUGCACCCUCUUCUACCCACUUGCCAGCAGUAGCAGCAGCAGCAGUAGCAGUAGUAAUAGUGAUGGCUGCCUAAAAUGGACCGCGCUUAUUAUUGACGAAUUUUAUUCCUAUUCCAUCAUUCGAGUGAUGAUAUACUGAUUCGAUUACACUACUAUUUCUAGGUUAAAAUGAUUUCUAGUGAUUUUCAGGGCGUGCCGUGUAAUUACCAUUAAAAAAUUCAUUGUAUCCAAAUCAUCCGGGUAAAUUGGUGUUAAGGCAUGUAGGCGACGAGAGUACGGAUCAGAACAAUAACAUCACAAUGACGAGCGAGGAUUUGUUACAGCCAGGCCAUGUGGUCAAAGAACGUUGGAAAGUUAUGAGGAAAAUUGGCGGCGGUGGGUUUGGUGAAAUUUAUGAAGGUCUUGAUUUACUGACCAAAGAGCAAGUUGCUCUGAAAGUUGAGUCUGCACGGCAACCAAAGCAAGUUCUUAAAAUGGAAGUUGCUGUUUUAAAAAAGCUCCAGGGUAAAGAUCACGUGUGUCGUUUUAUUGGUUGUGGGCGUAAUGACAGAUUUAAUUAUGUCGUGAUGCAAUUACAAGGUAAAAAUUUAGCAGAACUAAGACGUGCGCAGCCUCGUGGUGCCUUUUCUCUGUCAACAACUUUGCGACUUGGUUUACAAAUUUUAAAAGCAAUUGAAAGUAUACACCAAGUGGGCUUCCUACACCGGGACAUUAAGCCGUCAAACUUUUCUAUCGGUCGUCAUCCGUACAAUUGCCGAGUUGUCUAUAUGUUGGACUUUGGGCUUGCUCGUCAAUUCACUACUGGAACUGGUGAAGUACGACCUGCACGUGCUGCGGCUGGUUUCCGUGGUACAGUUAGAUACGCAUCAGUAAAUGCUCACCGAAAUAAAGAGAUGGGUAGACAUGAUGAUUUAUGGUCACUAUUUUAUAUGCUUGUGGAAUUUGUUAAUGGACAAUUACCUUGGCGAAAGAUUAAAGAUAAAGAACAGGUGGGAAUUCUAAAAGAAAAAUAUGACCAUCGUUUAUUACUCAAACACCUUCCAUCAGAUCUUCGGCUCUUCCUGGAACAUAUUCAGAGUUUGCAGUACGCGGACAAACCUGAUUACGCUAUGUUAGCUGGUUUGUUUGAAAGAUGUAUGAAACGUAGAGGUGUAAAACUUAACGAUCCUUACGAUUGGGAAAGACCAUUAAUAGCUAAUGAAGGUUUACCAACUACGAGGUCACUACCUACAGUAACGGCACCGCCUGCCCUUACGACAGCGACAACUAUAAACCAACCGCCGACUACUCCAAACGUAGACACCAAUAACCAAGAAAAUGUUGAGCCAGACAAUCGAAAGGAAGCAAAGAUGGAUCUUGAAAGUUUAUGCAGGCUGCUAUUGGGCCACGACGGAUCACCAGUUCCAUUAACAUCGGCAAUAAGUAAUCACGGAAGGGAUAAAAAUUGUAAUGCAACGAUACAGAUCACAGAUAAUACACACCAGCCAGCUGGACAACAAGUCGCGUCGACUCCUCCAGUUCAGGGUUCACCGAAGAAGCGACGCGCCGUGUCGAUGGCCGUUGAGCCUCAGUCACCAGUUCCGCCGGUUGAAAAACCUGUGGAUAAUGAGGGUGACGCUCUGAUGGCAUCAGCACGCUCAGCUUCAGAAGUACCACGUUCAAAGCCAGUAGCCAACGCAGCUGCACCGUUGAGGAAAUCUGCAAGUGGAGCAACCUUCGCAAGACUCCGUGUCGUCGCUCUACCAGAGACAAACGCCACUGGGGAACCACCUAGUCCAAGGAUACAGACUGACGUCGACGCUUCCUACUGCUCUUACGAUGUCACCAACACUAAGCAAGCCGGAAAUCAAAGCCCAGUUACGGAACAGCGUGAGCCAUUACGAAGAGAGCCCCGCAGACGCGCGAGAACAGGACGCUCGGCUAUGCGAGACUGUUCAAUAACACAAUUUGCACAAAUUGAUGAUGACAACGUAUCUGCAUUACAGCAAGUGACACGAGGCGGCGGGGGUCUUACACUAGCGUCCCAGUGGAAAUCCCAAUUUGAUGAUUCCGAGGAGACUGACAAUGAAUGGAAGGGUGAAAAUUUACAGAGUCCGGAGCAUAAAGGUGUUGCACCGUCUAUUGUUCCUCAGUCCACAGUUGAUAGUGAAGCCGCAGUAACAGCGACUCCAAUAGCUGGUGGAUAUCAAGAGCCAAAGAGUCCACAAGCUCAGGCGUCAACUGUGACACCUAGUGCAUCUUUGCAACAAGCGGCUCUUGCUGUCCAGACAGUGCUCUCGCGAAUAAGCGAGGAUUCACCCCGGCCUGGACCGCAUCACAGAUGCUUAAAUAUUACGGGAAUAGAAAAUUAUCCAGAGCUUCAAGGAGCUUUGCCAAGAGCAUGGAGUGUACCGGCGCUGGCGUCACACGUUCGUGCUCAUCUAGAAGCACCUUUGGUUCAACAAGCCGCGUUUGAUGAUUUACUUUACGAAGUUGAUGUAAUGUGGAACGUAGCAAUGCGAUACGACGAACCUAAAGAAAGUCCUACUCAUCGACGAUCAAGUGUUCCAGCUAUUGAAUUAGCGUCACCAAUACUUCCAGGGACUCCAGCUGGUGACGAAGAAGAGCAAGCCGUUGCUGGGAGAUUAGAAAUAAGGGUUGUUGAUUCUACUGGAGGAGCUACGGUUGUACAAACAACCGCAGACAAAGAACCACUACAAAAAAAAUUAACGAAUGGCACAGCGGGUAGCCCAGCUAGUCCAAACCCGGGACCUGACGAGCCAUCGAUAUAUUACGACGCGACAGAAAGUCGCGUGAAUACAAGUAAUACAUCCGCAAAUAAACCAGUCACAGCACCGACAGCACCAAAUUCCAAUCCUGUGACACCUCGUGAACCCAAAGACAAUAAAGACCGCGAUAAUUCAAGGCCACACAGCGCUUACAGUAAAAUACCCGUACCCGUUAAAAGUCCACGCUGCUCUUUGUCUGAAUCGACACCCGAUGCAAAUACUCCCAAUACUAAAACUGGUACAGGCAGUGAACUCGAAAAAUCUCCUACCACAUCAACUCAAUUAAAGGAUAAAGAGUCUGCAACCAAAGGCAAACUGAUCACAGUACAUACAAUGGAGACACCUCAGCUACGAAGAUGUGCAACAUUACCUGAUGCCAGACCUAAUCCAGUGCCGCCUUUGACGUCUACCAGUUCAACGGAGGAUGAAAAUUUAACUGGAUGUACACCGGCGUUGAGACGACGCCGACAAAGUGAAAAAUAUGUUACUCAUGCAAGUCAACUUAAUCUACGAUUCCAGAGACCGCAGCGACGAAGACCUAGUUCUGAGGUCUUAUCUAAAUUCUACCCACGAGGCGUGCCCUCGUACCUACUCGAAGCAGGUAAAAGAAACGAGGAAAGCAGUGACAAUGACUCUGACAGCAGUGGCCCACCAAACACACAACCACCACCUCCGCCUUCAUCACUACCGCCUCAUGUGGCUGAAAAUAAUGCUAGAUGUCGCAGAUUCAGACCAGUCCCAGACACAGCGGUAGUUAGCCGAGAAUCGUGAGGGGUGGUGAUUUGAAUCUGCAUUGGUCUUGAUUCACAUCACAUACUAUUAAUAAUAAUAAUGGAUAAACACAAUAAAAACAGAGUUUUACCACAGCCAACUAGGAAUGUGAUACCUUUUUGGAUCAAAUAAGUAUAAUAGAGCUUUUUUUAGUAACUGUUUUACAGUAAUAAUGAAUUCAUUAACUUUAUUUAAUAGUAAUAAUUAAUAAUAUUAAUCUUAAUUGGCUGGCGGGAAAUCGAAAUCUUCCCUAAAGUCAUCAGGAGAUUGAAUGUGAAUGUCACUGUACUUAUUAAUAAUGUAUGUGGAUUAAUGCAGUGCGAUUUGUUGCAAUAACUGUUAUAUUAUAAUAAUAAUAAUAAUUAUUAUUAUUAUAAUAGUUAUUAUCGAAAUGAGAUUAUAAAAAUUAUUUCCACUGUGGUGAUACAUUUGGGAUGAUUAUUAAAAGAGAGCAAGUAAACUAACAACCAAGAAAGAAAACGUUUUAACGAAGCGCACGAUCUCCAUUAAAAUAUAUUUAAAAUAAAUUUAUAAAUCAAGAAUAAUAAGCAUUAAUUGAUGAACUAAAAUAUUGAAAAUGAAGAUUGUAAAUGAAGUUGUUUUUAGUGUUCUCUUAGUUUAUUUGCUGGUCGAUCGAUCAUUUUUUCGAUCGUUAUAGCUGUUUGAUGGAUCUCGAAGUGAUGAACGGAAAAAAAAAAAAGAAAAAUUAAUAUGUGAAAUGUA